AGGACGGUACUCUUAUUUUGAAGGAUUCCAACGAUUCGUAACUCGGAAGUACAUAGUUAUUCUUGCCUGUUUAGUAGCGGUAUGGAUAUCUAAAGCAACACAGCUAGCUUAUCAACUUGAAUUGUCUAAACAUGUCUCAAAUACGGUUGUUGAGGGUUUUUCUCAACGAUAGAUUAACAGCUGCUGCUGAGGAGAUAUUCGGGGUCGUUGAAAAAACGGUAGCAGAGUAUCAGGAGGAAGUUGUCCGUCUACAGAGGCUGCUCGACAUUGUUCUUCAACCUGAGAUUAACAUGCCCAGAGCAGACCUCCAGCAGCGUACUCUCUCUGUAUCUGAAGAGGAGGUUCCCCCUGAGCAGCAGCAGUGUGAGCAGGAGUGGAGCCCCAGUCUGGGACAGGAGGACCCAGAGCCCACACAGAUUAAAGAAGAGCAGGAGGAACUCAGGACCAGUCAGGAGGAACAGCAGCUUAAAGGGCUUGAGGCAGAGACCAUAGAAUUCAUAUUCAAUCCUGUCUGUGUGAAAAGUGAUCGUGAUGAAGACCCAACUCAGCCCUCCCAUCUCUAUCAAGCCCAAAAGGGAAACGGAGAGAGAGACACUCUACCCAGUACUACAACUGAAAAUAUCAAAACAGAACCUAAUGGAGAGGACUAUAGGGAAUCAGAACCAACCAGUGUCUCUCAGCCUUUCUUUAGUGUAAAUCCAGACUGUUCUGCAUCUCAGAGUGAAAACAGUCAAAGUGUCAGUGGUAUGGAGACUGGAGAACCUCCUUCAGGUUUUAAGUCAGUCAAAUCAAAAAUAAAGAUGAUAAAAGGACAAAUGUCCCACAUCAAAACUAAGGGUAGGAAAUCUACACAGUUGUCCCUCCUGAAAUCACCCAGUCAAAGUCAUGCUACUCCUUGUUGUUGUAAGGUGUGUGGCAAGUCUUUUCAUCACAUGGGUACAUUAAUUAAACACGUGCAAAUUCAUACAAAGGAUGAAGAAGGUAUUUGUGGUGUGUGUGGAAAAUGGUUUCAGUCUACAGAAAGUAUGAAAGAUCACUUCCAAACUCACAUUGCAGAUAGGUUUUGUUGUCAUGUUUGUGGUAAAGGUUUCACCUUAAACAGUAAUCUAAAAAGACACAUGAGGAGCCACACAAGAGAGAAACCAUAUGGCUGUCAUUAUUGUGGCCAAGGAUUCAGCACUGGCAGCACUCUGAAUAGACACAUUAGGAUCCACACAGGGGAGAAGCCAUUUUGCUGCCCUGAUUGUGGCAAAUCAUUCACUCAGAGUGGACAUCUAAAAAUACACAUGAGGACCCACACAGGGGAGAAACCACAUAGCUGCCCUGAUUGUGGCAAAGGAUUCAGCAUUGCCAGUAAUCUGUCAGUGCACAUGAAGAUCCACACAGGAGAGAAAAGACAAAAGGAUUCAGCACUGGCACCAAUCUGAAAGUGCACAUGAGAACUCAGGGGAGAGACCAUACUGAUGUCCUCAUAGUAGAAAUGUAUUUCCCAAUCAGGUACAUUAAAUAACAGACACACCAAGGAAGCACUUUAAAUGUGUGGAACUGGCAGUAUUUUUCUAAAUGAUAGAACUCUGCUAAAGUAACAUGAAGAACGAUCACAAGGGGGAGAAAACAUGAGUGUGCUGUUUGGGGAGAGGUCUGGAGACAAGAUUGAGAGGCACAUUGUACAGUGCCUUUAAAAAGUAUUCAUACCCCUUGACUUAUUCAACAUUUUGUUGUGUUAUAGCCUGAAUUUACAAUGACUUGAAUAAAUGUAAAAAAUAAUUAUGAGCUUAUAUGGUAUUAAAGUUAAGGGACAUCACCCUGGGUGAGAUGAACCUCAGUUGGGGAUAAAAAGGGAAAACACCAUCUUUGAACUAAGUGUGUUACUUGCAAAUUACUGUAAGUGUGUACUCCGGGUUGCAAUCCUUAUUAAACAAACUAACCUCUGAUCAAGGAAGUUUCCCGUGGUCUCUUGUAUGAACAUAGGGCAGAAUUCCCUUGCAUUUCCAUCUGGUCACUCUCCCAUAAAGCCCAGAUUGGUGAGGUGCCAUAGAGACUGUUAUCCUUCUUGCAGGUUCUCCCAUCUCAGCCAAGGAACUCCGUAGUUCUGUCGGAGUGGUCAUUGGGUUAUUGGUCUCCUGCCUGUUCAAGGUCCUUCUUGCCCGGGUUGCUCAGUUUGGUCGGACGGUCAGCUCUAGCCAAAGUCAGGGUAGUUCCAUAUUUUUUCAGUUUCCCAAUGAUUGAGACCACUGUGCUCAAUCAAACAUUCAACACACUAUAAAUUGUUUUAUACCCUUCCCCUUUCACAGUCCUGGAGAUCUACGGACAAUUCCUUGGACUUCAUGGUAUAGUUUCUGCUCUGACAUGUACUGUCAUGUACCUUAUAUAGACAGGUGUGUUUCUUU